UUGCAAAUGGUGGACACACAGGUGCGCGUAUUUUCACGAGUGGACGCUUCACCCAUUUUCUGAGGCAAUUUAUCUCACACGAGCCGGGUGAUACCCGCCACCACCACCAGCUGUGACACACUGCCAUCUCUCCCAGAUCAGUACUGGCCCCACCUGCAUCUCUUGUCGCUGUAGCUCAGGGGGAUGGCUCACCCUGCUCAAGACAUGGAUUCCUUAGAAGAGAAGAUUGAUUACCUAUAUGACAACGCCUUCACUAGUGAAGAGGCAAAGGACAUGGUAGAACAGCUCCGGUCAGAGGCCAAAGAGCUCAGGGAUAAACUUGAAAAGACAGUUGAACGGCAUGAAACUACAGAAAAGGUCUACAUACAAGAGACAAUUGAAGCGCAUAUGCAAACUCUCAGAGAGGAAGUAAAAGACAUGCUCUCAGAACAUGAAACAGAGUACAGCAAGAAAGUUAUGGAGAAAGUUGAUAGUUGGGAGAGCAAUCUCCCACAAGCAGUGUCAACAAUCAUCAGCAAGGGGGUGAUGACCUUCACACCCAAGCAUGAAACAGCUGAUGAUAUUUCUAAAGAAGCCGAGGAACCUGUGCCCUCAUGUUCACAGGUGGAUGUCGUUGCAAAAGCCGAGGACAUUGAACAAAUAGUGACAGAGGCUGAGGUGCAUAAAGAACCUUCCAAAGACAAUGAAUAUCGUACUGGUGCCAGAAAGAAGAAGUUGGCGCUUAGAAAGGCGCGCAUCGAUUGGUCAACACACAAGGCUGCUGAACACUUCAUAAAGAAAAUGUGCAGGAACCAUAAUUUCAGUAAGUCGGCCACUUUGAAGAAAACCGUAUGGGUGGAAGGACUGAAAGCCAACCAGUGGACAGACACCGAAGACUGGAAGUCUUCGGUUGGUUACAAAAUUGACUCCUUCUACAAAUUGUUCCACGUCAUGUCUAAGCCAACCACUCCGUGAACAAACUAUUUGCCUCAGCAAUUUGUUGUAUUCGUGAAGAUUCCAGAGGGUGGUUGUUUAUUUGUGUACUGUUAGGGGGUAUGUCAUAACUUAGCAGGUAAGGCUUAGCGUUAGUACUGGGUGUCUAGGGUACCACUGCAUAGUAUCUAUACAUGGAAGGAAUAAGUUAAUAUGGUGUAAGUUGUAUUGUAUUAGGUUUAUAGGUGAGUGAAAAAUGAGGGUGUAAUGGAUGUAUGAGGUAUGAUGUGUAUGGGUG